AUGGACAAUGGAGACAAAAGUUGGAUGAAUUGCCUAAGAUGGACGGAGGAGUAUAGUCAUGGAGUGAACAAUUUUCUUCAUAAGGCAUUUGAACGAGCAUCUCAAGGAGAUGAAAUAUUAUGCCCUUGCAAAAAAUGUGUUAAUCGCUACUGGCAUUAUAGAAAUGUCGUGGAAGAACACUUGGUUGUUGAGGGGUUUGUUGAUAAUUACACUAAAUGGGUUUUCCAUGGAGAAGGGUUUUACUCGAGAAAUGCACCUGAUCCAAUCAAUGAUGAUGAAGAUUCUAACUUGCGUGACGACAUUGAUGGACUGCUUCAUGAUACAUUUAGAAAUAUGGAGGGUGAGUCGGCACAUGAAGAAGUAAAGAGAGAGGGACUAUUAUCUGAAGAUGCAAAGAAAUUUUUUAAAUUAUUGGAGGAAGGGAAACAAGAGUUAUAUCCGGGGUGUGUAACUUUCACUAAAUUGAGUUUCACCAUUCAGUUGUACUUGCUUAAAACCUUGCAUGGGUUGAGUAAUGUAGCAUUUUCAGACAUUUUAGCAUUGCUGAAGGAGGCAUUUCCCUUUUCCCAGCUACCAGAGUCAUUCAACAAGGCUAGAAACAUGAUAAAAGAUUUGGGUCUUAAUUACGAAAAAAUACAUGCAUGCCCUAAUGAUUGCAUGCUAUUUUGGAAAGACAAUGAGAAAGCAGAAAAUUGCUCCGUUUGUCGGUCUUCUAGAUGGAAGAGUGUUGGUAAUGCCUUGACUAAUGCCAAAUCUAAAAUCCCUGCAAAGGUUUUAAGGUACUUUCCCUUAAAGCCUAGGCCUCAAAGGAUGUUUAUGUGUCCUGAAACAUCUGUUGCAAUGAGGUGGCAUGAUAAUGAACGACCCAAUGACGGGAAUAUAAGACAUCCUGCUGAUGGAGAAGCUUGGAAGGAUUUUGACUCUUUGCACCCAGACUUUUCUAGAGAUCCUCGUAAUGUCAGGUUGGGUCUUUCAACUGAUGGUUUCAACCCAUUUCGAACCAUGAGUAUUUCUCAUAGCACGUGGCCUGUUAUGUUAAUGAACUAUAAUUUAUCACCGUGGAUUUGCAUGAAGUCGGAAUAUAUCAUGUUGUCAAUGAUCAUUCCGGGUCCUUCAUCUCCGGGAAAUGAUAUAGAUGUGUACCUACAACCAUUAACUGCAGAAUUAAAGGAAUUAUGGGAAGCUGGGAUAGAAACUUAUGAUGCUGAAACCAACCAAACAUUCCGAAUGCGUGCAGCCUUAUUGUGGACAGUUAGUGAUUUUCUAGCAUUAGCAAUGGUUUCUGGAUGGAGCACCAUAGGGAAACUGGCAUGCCCCACUUGUAAUUAUGACACAUGCUCUCAAUAUCUCAAGCAUAGUCAUAAGAUGUGUUACAUGGGUCAUAGGAGAUUUUUGCCUCGCGAUCAUCCAUUAAGAAAAGAUAAGAAAUCAUUUAAUGGUCAGGAGGAGCAUAGACCUGCACCAACUCCUUUGUCGGGUGUAGAGUUAUUUGAAGAGCUGCGUGAAUUCAACAAUGUGUAUGGAAAGGGAAAAAAAAAGGCCUCGGGAUAA